AUGUCUCAAGCAGCAAAACACCCUUUACAAAAUGCUGUCAACUGUAUUUAUUUUAUGGUUACGGUAGCCUACUCUCAUAUGGUACCUGGCCACUCUCUCGAAGAGUUCAAAAUCUUCACAAAAAUUGCCGAAUCGAGCGUUUACUUGGCAACGCUGAUCAAAGACGCCCUGAAGGAUCAAUGGACAGCAGAAAAAGACUACCGCCCCCGGGAUUGGUCAGAACAAGUGGGUUGGUUUUCAGCUUGGCAACCGACUACCAGUGGACUCUUGCAACUACUGGAAGAGGCUAAGUUUGGAGAGGAUGAAAGGGUUCGUAAAUGCUGGAUUCAAUAUUGCUAUGGAACCGGGGUGUUUGGAAUAAUUACGAAGGCCCCAGAAGAAGCUUUGGACAAAUCCGAUUUCAAAGAAUUUCAAGACAGGGUGGCUAAUGCAAAAAAAGGAAUGGACCUAAGAGAGUUUGAAAAUCCUACACGUUUAGUACGAGACGACUUCCUUGGAGUACAACGUGAGGAUGGGAGUGUCCAGAAAGGGGGCAGACUGCAAGCUUAUGAGAAGCCCAAUCUUGUAAAACCUCCUGGCUUCACAUCGCCUAUGGACUUCCUCAAGAAUCGUGUUUGA